AUGACUCCUGAUAAUGCAGCAUUAAAAUUUAGAGCGACUACUUCUGAAAAUCAAACAGAUGAAGAUACAACAGAUGAAAAUGAUUCCGAAAAACUUUCUCUCUUCAUAGACCGAGCAGUUGACAUGUUUUUUGACAAUCAUAUAAUUAAAUUCAGUGCUUUAGGGAGAAACAUGUCAAUCCCUAAUUCAGUUGAGGGUUUCGUUGGACGGAAGAAACGUAAGGGUGGGGGUGGCGGGGGCGGGCACGGUGGCUUUGGACACGAUGAUGGGGGCAAGAAGAAGAUGAUGAUGAUGGCAAUGAUGUGCAUGAAAAUGAAGCUAAUGAUGAUGGUGCCGGCCAUGAUGGGAAUGAUGGGGAUGAUGUCAUUUAAAGGGAUGAUGUUCAGCAUGAUGUCUUUCAUGAUAUCAAAAAUGAUGCUGCUCAUGAAAAUUUUAGAGAAGAAAGGCAGUUUUGGAGGAGGUGGUGGGGGUGGUGACGGUGGCUGGGCGGCAGGAGGUGGAGGCGGAGCUUGGAUGCCAGCAGGUGGACAAGAUUAUGGCGGUGGAGGAGGCUACGACUCUAAUGGACAAUGGCAAAGUAGAUCUAUCAUUGAUAAGAAAGAUAACAAAGAAGAAAUUGAAAAAGAACCUAUAAUUUCUUACGUCAUACCUUCAGUAAGAUAUAACAACAUAAAUGUUAAAGCAAAUGAUAUUAACGGUGGCAAAAUAAAGUCCAGGAAAAAACGAGGUAUCUUUGAUGCUCUGCAAAAUAUAUAUUCAUACUGGAUAAAUCAGAUUUUAGGAGCAGGUAAUAGAAGGAAUUCAAACAAUCAUAGGUACAAAGUGGUGAAUGGUGUGAAAUAUGUUUAUUACCCUAAUAAAGUUGCUCAAAAAUUCAAAAUUCAUCAAGAUAGCCAUAGUAAUCCACCAAAAAUGAUGGAUCAAUUUAAACCCAUUAUUAUAGCUGAUGAUUUCAAUAAAGGUGAAACAAUUGAAGGUGGUGUUGAAAGUAGGAUGAAUAUGAAGAAAAUUCAUAAAAUAAAAGAUACAGUUAAUGAAACUUUUGAUGAAAAUCCAUGGAUGUGA